AUGGAGGCAUUUCUGACGUUGGAAACGUUCAAAGGCAUCAUCUCAAGGUCCGACGCUGUAGCUCUUGUUGGAUCGGAGGAGAUGGACAGAAUACCUGAGAGGGCUUUCGUCAAAGAGGUCACUACGCCCGCAAGGGAUGCAAUCAUUGCUCUUCAGAAGGCGAAGGAAAUGCUAGAACGCCCGCAGAGCUUGAUUGGUCAGGUUGAGUUCAGGUGGAUGGAGAUGAUUCGCGAACUGGUCAGCGACCUGCGGACGAACGGCGCUUUGCAAUACACGUGA